UAUAUCCUCUUCGCUCUCUUCUCUUUGCCUCUCUCCUCUCUCUUUCUCUCUCACUCUUAUUCUCUCUCUCGUGUUUCUCUGAAAUUGAGCCAAAAGCCGCGUGGGGGGAUUGCUGCUGAGAGGGGGAAUUGAGAGGGAAGCGUUGCUUGUGUGUUUGUAUGUGUGUGGGGGAAAUCAAGGAAUUGAUGCGGGGAGGAGCUGAGAAGAGGACAAAGUUAGGUGUCGUGUGGAAUUCAUGAAAACGGGCGGCGGAGGAAGAGGCGGCUGAAAUCGAGGCUAUUUUUAUUGUGUAUUAAUUAAUUUUUUUGAUUCUGGUUUGCACCGGCGGAUUUUGCAUCUCUUUAAGGUUGCGAAAUGUCGAGGCCUCUUCAUCGAGGUGUAUCAGGAGGUAUUCGAUUUUCAGGGAACAGUAAUGAUCUCUGGGCAGAUUCUCAGAUGAAAGAAAGGAGUGAAAAGGAAGAUGUAAGUCGCAGUCGUGUGAAUGGAACUGAUCACAGCGAUUUAUCGAUGAAGUUUCCUUUUAGGUUUCUUUUCGCCGAUAAUUUAUCCUCAAAGCCAAGUUUAAGUGAGAAUGGCUUCAUGCCUGAUCCCUUCAGCCCCGGCGCUAUAAGGAAUCGGCACAAGAUGACACUCAAAUUUCUCAAAUUAAGUUUAGCGGCGAUUGUAAUUCUCGCAAUCACUGGUUCGUUAUGGUGGACACUUUCCUUCACGACUAAAUCAAGAGGACAAAUAUUCAGGGGGUAUAGACGACUGCAAGAACAGCUUGUAUCCGACCUGUAUGAAAUAGGAGAGCUUUCUCUAGGUUCUUCAAGGUUGAGAGAAUUCGAGUAUUGUUCUCAGGAAUUGGAAAACUAUGUUCCUUGCUUCAAUGUUUCAGAAAAUCGUGCUCUCGGAUUUUCUGGCGGAGAGGAGUAUGGCCGCCAUUGCGUCCAUGGUUUAAAACAGGACUGUCUGGUUCUUCCUCCCGUCAAUUAUAAAAUUCCUCUUCGAUGGCCUACUGGAAGAGAUGUUAUCUGGUUUGCAAAUGUUAAUAUCACAGCACAGGAGGUGUUAUCUUCUGGAAGUUUGACGAAGAGAAUGAUGAUGCUGGAUGAAGAUCAAAUUUCCUUCCGUUCAGUGUCAUCUACGUUCGAUGUUGAAGAUUACUCGCAUCAAAUUGCAGAAAUUAUCGAGCUAAGAAAUGUAUCCUACUUUUCACAAGCUGGAAUUCGAACCAUCCUCGACAUAGAAUGUGGUUAUGGUAGUUUCGGUGCACAUCUAUCUUCUUACCAAUUAUUGACCAUGUGUCUAGCAAAUUACGAGGCUUCCGGCAGUCAAGUUCAGUUAACUUUAGAAAGAGGUCUUCCUGCAAUGAUCGGUUCAUUUACAUCGAAGCAGCUGCCAUAUCCAUCUCUCUCUUUCGAUAUGAUACAUUGUGCAAGAUGUCGAAUCGAGUGGGAUAAAAAAGAUGGCAUAUAUUUGUUCGAAGCUGAUCGGCUUUUGAGACCCGGCGGAUAUUUCGUGUGGACCGAUCCGAUUAUAAAUUCUCACCGCUCUCUUCGCAACAAAACCAACCUGAAGAAAUGGAACACGGUGCGUUCCCUCGCCGAAAACCUCUGCUGGAAGAUGCUACCCCAGCAAGACGAAACUGUCGUGUGGAAGAAGGGUAGUGACAAGAAGUGUUAUUCGACACGGAAAAAUAGUUCCCCGACACUCUGCAGCAAGAACCACGACAUCGAGUCUCCGUAUUCUCGAUCGCUCCAAUCGUGUAUCGGUGGGACUCGGAGCCGGCGAUGGUCAUCUAUCGAAGACAGGAGAAAAUGGCCUUCCCGAGCUAAAUUAACGUCGACCGAACUAGGAAUUCACAGUUUGAACAACGAAGAAUUCACCGAGGACGCGAUUAACUGGAACUCGGCAGUCCGCAAUUAUUGGUCUCUCCUCUCGCCGCUAAUAUUCUCCGAUCAUCCUAAGAGACCCGGCGACGAGGAUCCUUCACCCCCUUACAACAUGCUGCGGAAUGUGCUCGACAUGAACGCUCGUUUCGGCGGAUUCAACGCGGCGUUGUUGGAAACCGGGAAAUUGGUGUGGGUUAUGAACGUGAUCCCGACUAGGGGACCGAACAACCUGCCGUUAAUUCUCGACAGGGGAUUUGUCGGAGUGCUGCAUGACUGGUGCGAACCGUUCCCGACGUAUCCUCGAACGUACGAUCUUGUUCAUGCUGAAGGGCUUCUUUCCCUCGAGUUCGUCGAGCAGCCGAGGUGCCAAAUGCUGGAUUUGUUCGCCGAAAUCGAUCGCAUACUUCGCCCGGAGGGAUGGGUGAUCCUUAAGGACCGGGCACAUUUGAUCGAGCACGCGAGAUCGAUGACGACCCAUCUGAAAUGGGACGCUCGGGUGGUGGAGAUCGAGAGCAACAGUGAGGAUAAGCUCUUGAUCUGCCAGAAACCUUUCGUGAAGCACCAGUCGAGCUAGCUCCGCUCCGGCCUGGCCCUGCCCGAGUGAGUAUUAUACAGACUGGUACUACUACUACAGAAAGCAUAUUUAUUGAUUGCAUUUGUUUGUGGAUCUAAUUCCCCUCAAGGGUGGAAAGUGUUCCAUUUUUUGGACUGUGAAAACAGAGGACAAGACACAAAAUUUGCAUACAGAGGGAGGGAGGGAGGGUGGAUGGCAAAAAUAUUCGACUAUUCGAUUCGAUGGUCGGAUCCAAACAUCGGUAAUUAUCGAUGAAUGUUGUUGUUAUAUAUCCUGUCCUAUGGAGAUAACCGCAAGGAAGACAUGGGAAGGUAUAUGUACUACAGAUUUACUAUAUUGAGAGAUUACACUGGUCAUGUUUUUUUUUUUUUUUUUUUGGGGGGGGGGGGGGGGGGUGUUUGGGGGUUUAGGUCUGGUGGUGUCUUUAUUGUAGAAAAAGGGUAUAAAAUUUUAUUGUGGAAAGAUGCCAGAAAUAAGUUUGUGGCAUAUAAUAUACAGAGUUUUUAUUUUUUGGAUUAUUUGGAGGUAUGAGAAUAUGAAGGUGACAUUUUAUGAGAA